AUGCAGGUUCAGGAAGAUGCAGACAACCUCAUCCCUUUUGCCAAGUGUUCCAGGGUGGUCAGCCGAUGUCCAUCGCCCAGUUUGCCUUCUCAGAACCUUGGACUUGGGCCUCAGCGUUAUGGAGAUGCCUUCUGGGAGAACCUUAGUCAGAGGCCUAGCCCCACUUGGAUGGAGGAGGAGCACAUUCCACCCACGCUGAGUGCCACCGGUUGCGUCCAGCCUGACCUGUUCCCUCCUGACGGACUCCCACCCCCUGAGGUGCUUUGCAGAAGGAAGAGAAGGAGGCCACAUUUGACGGGGAUGCCACAGGGACCUGGCAACGUCCCUGCGCGGGUCAGGGCUGUCACCUACCAUCUGGAGGAUCUAAGGAAGCGCCAGAGAACCAUCAAUGAACUGAAGAAGGCCCAGUGGGGCAGCUCCACGGCUGCGACUGAGGCCCUGGUGCUGGACGGAGAGGGCCGUGGGUUCCCCAGCACCAACCAGCACUCUGCCCCGGGAGAGGAGAGGGCCACCCACCCGUGGGAGGAGCACUACUUCCUCAGCCCUGACAGGGCCCAGCUGCUCUGGUCUCCCUGGACUCCCCUGGGCCAGGAGGGGUCCUGCUCUUCCGGGCAGCUGAGCUCUCUGGCGUCCUACACCACCUUCACGGCCCGGAGGAACCCCUUUAACAGCGCCUGGGGGGUGGAGAUGGAGUCUGAGGAGUGA